CGUGGGACGGUAGUCAACCACUUACCUGUGCAUCUAAGCAUUCCAGAGAGCCCACACAAUUGGGUCAUGCACUCCCUUGAUCAAUGUUGGACCAAAAAGAUUCGGCAAGUUACUACAAACAGGGCAAUGCGGGCCACACCGAGCGCAUUUUCUCAUAUUCACGAUUGCCCGGUCCUUCUUCGCCUUGAGACAAUUCAACACCAGUAGAUCUCUCACGAUGCUUUCACGCAUAUUUCAUCAGACCACUUUGUGGGCUGGUCUCGUUUGCCUCUUUGCUAUCUCAGCCUAUCAGCGUUUGGCCUUGCCUAGUGGUUUCCGUUUGUUCGCUAUUCAAAACUACCCAAAGGCUGUUUAAAAGAAAGCUGUUGCCAUAUCAGAGUAAGUUUUAGUAACAAACCUCAACUAUUCAACAAGUAUUAUCAAAUUCACCACACAUUCUGUGAGGCUUUUUACCCCUCUUCUAUCUCUUAUUAGAGGACUUGAACAUACCUCUCUCCUUUCAAUAGCUUCAAAUCACUACGCAACAUGGUUUUUACCGAAGAAGACGUCAAAAUUGAGAGCAUCUCGCCUUACGGCGUGGCUCGCUCAACAGCGACUGAAAAGCCAUUGAGCCCAGAAGAUAUCCGAAAAAUCGAUGCAUACUUCCGAGCCAGCAUGUACCUGUGUCUAGGUAUGAUCUAUCUUCGAGAAAACCCUUUACUCAAGGAGCCUCUCACGAAAGAACACAUCAAAGCCCGUAUAUUAGGUCAUUGGGGCUCUGAUGCUGGCCAGGCUUUCACAUGGAUGCAUUUCAAUCGCUUAAUCAAAAAGUACGACCUCGAUGCAAUUUUUGUAUCCGGCCCCGGACACGGAGCUCCAGCAGUUCUCUCUCAAUCUUAUUUGGAGGGCGUUUAUUCGGAAGUCUACCCCGAUAUGUCAGAAGAUGAGACUGGAAUGCAGGCAUUCUUCAAGCAAUUCUCAUUUCCUGGCGGUAUUGGAAGUCAUGCAACACCCGAAACUCCAGGAAGUAUUCAUGAAGGAGGUGAGAAGACCAAUUGAUUCAUCAUUCCCAUUUCGCUUUAAUAGCGUUUGCAGUUGCCACCAUGGUUGUCUCUUUCGUUUACUAACGCAAAUUUCCAGGUGAACUAGGAUAUUCGAUUUCACAUGCUUUUGGAUCCGUUUUUGACCACCCAAAUCUGAUCACUCUUACAAUGGUUGGAGAUGGUGAAGCCGAAACUGGUCCUCUUGCGACUAGUUGGCACAGCACCAAGUUCCUCAACCCCAUUACUGAUGGAGCUGUUCUCCCAGUUUUACAUCUCAAUGGUUACAAGAUCAAUAAUCCAACAAUCCUCGCCAGAAUCAGCCACAAGGAGCUGGAAGCACUCUUUGUUGGUUAUGGAUGGGAGCCUUAUUUUGUUGAAGGUAGUGACAUGGAGAGCAUGCAUCAAGCGUAAGCUCACUUGUAUAAACUCGUACCCCAACACCCUACUGAUAACACUUAGAAUGGCUGCCACUCUCGAAGCAUGCGUUUUGAAGAUCCGAGGAUACCAAAAGCAAGCUCGAGAUUCUCAAAAGGCAUUCCGUCCACGCUGGCCAAUGAUAGUCCUAAGAAGUCCCAAAGGUUGGAGUGCACCAAGAAAGAUUGACGACAAACUCCUAGAAGGCUUCUGGCGCUCACACCAAGUUCCAAUUCCUGCCGUUGCUUCCAAACCUGAGCAUUUGAAAAUAUUGGAGACAUGGAUGCGUAGCUACAAGCCAGAAGAAGUCUUUGACAAGGAAGGGAAGCUCAUUCCCGAACUCAAAGAACUUGCUCCAACCGGCAAUGCCCGUAUGAGCGCAAAUCCCGUCGGUAAUGGUGGUCAACUUCGCAAGCCCCUUCAUAUGCCCAACUUUAAGGAUUAUGCACUCCCAGAUAUUGAGCCUGGAAUUUCUAGUCUACCAAGCAUGAGCAACAUGGCUCAGUUCUUGAGAGAUAUCGUCGCCAAGAACAUGACAAACUUUCGGGUUUUUGGUCCUGACGAGACAGAAUCGAACAAGCUUGGUGAGAUCUACAAUGCAGGCAAAAAGGUAUGGAUGGGAGAGUACUUCGAAGAAGAUGCGGAUGGAGGAAACUUGGCACUUGAAGGCCGAGUGAUGGAGAUGCUCAGUGAACAUACCUGUGAGGGAUGGCUGGAAGGUUACAUCCUAUCCGGAAGGCAUGGUUUAAUCAACAGCUACGAACCGUUCAUUCACAUCAUCGAUUCCAUGGUCAACCAGCAUUGCAAAUGGAUCGAGAAGUGUAAUGAAGUCGAGUGGCGUGUCAAAAUCGCAUCUCUCAACAUCCUCCUUACUGCCACUGUUUGGAGACAAGAUCACAAUGGUUUCACUCAUCAAGAUCCCGGCUUCCUUGAUGUGGUGGCCAACAAGAGCCCCGAGGUUGUCAGAAUUUACUUACCGCCCGAUGGAAACUGUCUUCUCUCGGUAACAGAUCACUGUCUCCGUAGCACCAACUACGUCAAUGUCAUCGUAGCCGACAAACAAGACCAUCUUCAAUAUCUCUCCAUGGACGCAGCCCUCGAGCACUGCACAAAAGGAGUGGGAAUCUGGGACUGGGCAAGCAACGAUCAAGGCCAAGAACCACAUGUAGUAAUGGCCUCCUGUGGCGAUGUACCAACUCACGAAUCCCUCGCUGCCACCGCACUACUCCGAGACCUCAUUCCCGACCUCAAAAUCCGCUUUGUCAACGUCGUAGAUCUCUUCAAGCUCAUCGACCACGCCGAUCACUCACACGGGAUGACAGAUCGAGAAUGGAUUUCCGUCUUCACGGACAACAAGCCUAUCAUCUUCAACUUCCACUCUUACCCAUGGCUCAUCCACAGAUUGACCUACAAGAGACCGGGACAAAUCAACAUCCAUGUUCGAGGAUACAAGGAGAAGGGGAAUAUUGAUACACCUCUUGAAUUGGCUAUUCGGAAUCAGACGGAUCGGUACUCGCUUGCUAUGGAUGCUAUUGAUCGUGUUACGAGUUUGGGAAAUAAGGGAAGUGGUGUGAGAGAGAAGUUGAUGAACUUGCAGAUUGAUGCCAAGGCGAAGGCUUAUGAGGAUGGUAUUGAUCCUGAGUUUAUUAGGAAGUGGACGUGGCCUUUUCCAAAGAGUACUUGAUUUGGGCGAGGACGAAAUGCUUGUGGGCAAGCACAUAUUAUGAAGAUGAAGCAAAACUAAGAAAGCGGGAACUUGGAUAGUAAUUCUGGUUACAUAGUAAUGAGG